UAAACUUCAUAAGCAGUAGACCGGGAUCAGCGUUUUACAUAAUUCAUCACAGUUAUUUUUCACGAGUAUUUUUUCGGUAAUGUUUCAGCUCUAGUGUUUGUUAAGUUGCAGUAAUGAUGGCAGUUGUAUGUUUUAUCGUCUUCAUCACUCACGCAAUAUUAAUGGAUAGAACAAGCGCUCAUAACCUCCCAGGGUCAACGCUGAACAAUACCUUGUGUCUGGAUUGCGAUGUCAGUUGCAGAACUAGCGGAACAGCAGAUACACAACUCGUCUCGCGACUAGAUAUCUGUGACGCAUUAAUACAGUGCGAUGACGUCACACCUUGUGACGUAGGAUGCUCUCAAUAUUAUCGGUGUCAUGGGUCGUCUGAAUGCGUGGAACGCAGCACUAUAUGUGACAAGAACUCAUGUAAUGGUUGUAGUGAAGAUACGGAGUGGCAACAUGGGAUCGGGUUCGAAUGCGCAAGACAGGGUUUUUAUUGUUUGCUACCACAGCAAUUGUUAUGGGACAAUGUAAAGGAUUGCGAUGGUGGGGAAGACCUUUGUUAUUCAGCACCCGGUGUGGUGGUCGGUGAUGGAAGAGAUAUUCGUAGCAUGCACGGUGCUACACUGGAUGAAGGGAAAUGCUUUGAAUGUUUGGAUCACACAAUGAUUAUUCCUUGGGAUAAAGUUUGUGACGACGUGAUGGAUUGUAGCGACCAAUCAGAUGAAUGCUUAUGUGAGGCACGGGUUCCUUCUAUUUGUAAAUUCAUCUACAACACAUACGCGGAGCCUAAUAGACCUGAUGACGUUGCAUUAUGUAAGCUCGGUGAAGUAUCUUGUGGGGGAGGUGUUUGUAUCUCUAGAUCAGAGGUGUGUGAUUCAUAUCCACAAUGUAGCGAUAAAAGAGAUGAGAGCAAUGAAUUCUGUGAUGGUACGAUUCAAUGUCAGUAUGCUGAUCAAGAAUAUGCAGAAAAAUUAUGCAGAUGCGACACCUCCUUCCAUCCAUGUCAAGCCAACAUAGGAGCUGCAUGCGACGGGGUUAUGAACUGCCCUCCUCCUUUUACGGGGGCGUACAAUGUACAAACGAAUUGGAAUUACCCAGAAGAUGAAUGCAAAGCUGAAUGUGAUGUUGGUGUAUAUGGUUGUGUAGAUGGAUCAUUCAGCGCGGUGUCUGAGGGAGUGGGGAUGAUUGCUUGUCUCACUUAUAUAGACUACAGCAACGCAACCGCCUCAUUGGUCAGCCAUGGUGUGACAUCAUCAAGGUGGUGUGAUGGUACGCUAGAUUGCAGCUCGGGGCAAGAUGAGUAUUUGGCUUCCUGUAACCAGACGAGGUUCUUCUGUGAUGUCAUAGACGGCAAAGUUAGCAUUCCAUUGUCCAAGGUUUGUGAUGGAACAAUGGAUUGUAUUGGGGGGCAAGAUGAAUCAGAUUGUGUGGGGCGGUUCAGGUGCGACGUACUUAGUGGGACUAAGGUUUCUAUAGAUUACCUUUACGUUUGUGAUUACAACAUCAACUGCGACGAUGGAGAAGAUGAAAUGGAUUGUCGAGAUGGGAGGUUUUAUUGUGAGAAUAAAGAUCCGCUGUUCGUGAUGAGCUCGAAGUUGUUCAAUGGACGUGGUGAUUGCUCCGACUGGAGCGAUGAAUGCCCUACAGACAUGACGAGCGAAGACACAUUUUCAUCGAGAUAUCAUUUGAUCGCAAACCCGAUACUUCGUGUGUUUGUGUGGAUUAUGGGGGUGUUAGCUGUUGGGGGAAAUCUGAUAGUGAUCGUUGGUGAAGUAUUGGAAUGCAAGAACAUGAAGAAACGAGAUUUCGCGUCACUUCGUGCGAAUCAUAUCUUUGUGCUAAACCUUGCUGUUGCCGAUCUAUUGAUGGGAGUGUAUUUGAUUAUAUUGGGUGGCGUGGGUGUGUUAUAUCAGGGCAGAUACUGCAUAGAUAAAUAUACAUGGCUUACAAGUGCGUUGUGUUCAAACAUUGGCGUCCUUGUUGUUGUAUCGAGCGAAACAUCAGUGGUGACAAUGGUGAUUCUUACUUCAUUCAGGGUUUAUGCUACGUACAAUCCGUUCUCAUCACAAUUGAACCCCCGCUCGUGGCUCGUCACGCUCCUUAUCGCCCUCUCGUGGCUGUUUGCGGUCAGCAUAGCAACUGUCCCGUUUGCUCCGAGCCUUCACCACUUCUUCAUAGAGAAAGCCUGGAUCAAAGGGAACCCGUUCUUCAAGAGCGAGAUGGUGGGGUUAACGCCAGCGAAAAUAUUCGUUCGGAGGUUGUUGUCUUUUGAUUCACAUUUCGGGAACUCCACCCAAAGUUUAUUGAACCAAGCCGCUGAUUCACGAAGUUGGAUCGAUCUUAUUAAAGUGAUGGAGUCCGAUCCGGAGGGAAGCCACUACUUGGAUAUCGUUGGAUAUUUUGGGUAUUACAGCGACAACAGCGUUUGUAUCCCAAAGUUAUACGUAAAACACAGCGAUGCUGCGUGGGGAUUCUCGUUGGCGGUCUCAAUAUUUAACUUCUUCUCAUUUAUCUACGUUUUGGUGGCUUAUUUCGCUAUUUAUUUAAAGUCCAGUAAAAGUUUGUUGCUUCACUCAAAGGGAAAACAACAAAGCAUGAUCUCGAAGAAGAAUGCAGCCAUGCAAAGGAAGAUCAUCCGUUUAAUCAUCACCGACUUUUGUUGUUGGGUUCCCAUCUCCAUCAUGGCCUUCCUCAGCAUUGGUGGUUAUGAUAUCCCAUCCGUCGUGUACUCAGUGUCGGCCAUUAUCCUGCUUCCCAUCAACAGCGCUCUCAAUCCACUUCUGUACUCAAACUUUGUGGAUAAAGUAAUUGAUAGAAUGAAGAAAAAGCCGGAACGCCAAGUCUCGCAAAGUUCUGAGACUUUGCAGAGCACACGUGUGUGACUCCUGUGGGAGUGACAACCAUGGAUAAGUCACUCAAGUUCCCACCCACAAGGAUAUAAAUGACCAAACCAACCGAAAGUCAUGUCUGCUUAUCCACACACUACA